UGCGAUGAAACGUCCAUAGCCGAGGUCUUCAAAAUUUAUUCUAAUUCUGUCACCACCAAAUUUGCAAUAAUUGGACAAAGACAACAGAAAUUCUGCAUAAGAUCAGCAUCCCCUGUUUAGCUGGUAUGGACUUCGUGUGGGAGUUGUAAUGAUCAAUACGUCCAGCUCGACUGUUCCCUGCCCGGCGCGCGCUGUCGUUCUGUCGUCUGCUCGUGGUGUCACAAUGGAACCUUCCCGUCUCUAAUGAUUCUUUCAAGCCUUCCUUGACAGCAGAAUUAGCUGCAAGAAUCGCGGCUAAACAAACGGUUGCAGUAACAUACGUACAGCUGUCUGCAGAUUCGAAAACUCACCUGGAAUAGGUUUAGCUCACCUGUUGAUUUGUUUGCCAGGUGUUGAAGCUCAGGUGAUCAGAGUUAGCAAUCUUGAGACGAUUAUUUUGGCACUGACCAGACAAAGACACUUUUCAAUCUCAUUUUGAUGAUUUAGUAAGAAAUUUGAGGGUUCUAAGAACAAACGGCGCUGCGCAUAUUGGCCGUUAAAUUGGAACAUAUUGGAAGAUUCCAUUCAGCGUCAACGAGUGAUAUUCGAUACAUGACUAUGAGAGCGUGUGCUUCUUGUGAUUAGGACCUUGGUGACGAGGGAACAGUCGCCAUCAUUCUUGUAAGAGCAUUUGUCAUCGAGUUAUGGGAUUUCUUUCUUAGUGAUUCUUGGAUUUCCCGAAAACAUGAGCAUGUCAGCAGCGGUUCCCUCUGAGGAGGUUGCCGGGAUCAUCAUGGGCGGCGUCAGCGUGGUGGUCAUCACCUCCGUCAUCGUUUUCCUGUGUUGGAGAUAUCCUUCCUGUAGAACUCGAAGCUUCUGGGACCGGAGCGUCAAGCGAGCCAUUAGGAAGAUGUAUGGUAAAUGCAAGAAAAAGCCAAAGAAAGAGGAAAAGAAGAGCUUAAUUGUUGGACCACUUAUCAGGAAAAGGAGUAAAGAAGACCCACCAUUUGUUGUGCCCCAAAUUUUCGUGGAUUAUGGGAGCAGACGUACGUCUUACGCUUCAGCAUCGGACCACAUGAUGUUGGGGGCCCUUGCCCUUGACCUUCGCAGAGGGUCAAGUAGCAGCUGUGGUAGCAGACGGACUUCUUUUGCCUCGGAUUCGGAUAGGAGGGGAUCCGCUAGCAGUCUUUGCAGUAGGAGGACUUCGUUUGCUUCCGACACAGAUCGGAGAGGAUCGGCGAACAGUCUUGGAAGUCGUAGAUCGUCGAUUUUGUCCGAUCCUUCUGAUCGGAGAGGAUCGGCCAGUAGUAGAAGUAGUCGUAAAGGUUCGGAUGGGAGUCGGAUAGAUGAUACUGACGUCUCUUUUGCUGACUUCUCCGAUUCCGAAACGAUAGAGGGCGAGGACCUUCAUCGCAUCCUGGGGCGUAAGAAACUACGUGAUAGACGCACAAGCUAUGGGUCGGGUUAUUCCUGCGGGAGCCCCCAAUACAUCCCUGGGCCCGAAGCCUAUGUUCAGAGAGAGGACCAAAGAAAGGGGAUCCCCCCCUACAGGCGCAGCCAUUCCUUGGCCGAGAUUCAGCACAACCAGAUUGCCCGACCCCAGCCACAAGAAGAAAUCGAUCGGAGUAUGUACCCAUCAACGCCACGACAACGUUACCAUGGAGAGCGUCGUUCAACUCUCUCCUCCUUGGUAUUCAGUAGUAUUCAGGCGAUGGAUCAAACAGGGGCAGUUAUCCCCCCUUACCAGAAAAAGAAACCAAAAUCGCGUCAGGGCAGUAUAGGUCUGCCAGACACUCCUGUUGCCCUGCAUGACCUGAACCUGGAGGAGAUGAUCCCGAGGUACGCCCCGCCCGUACAGCCGACUGGUAAUCUGAAGGUGCAGCUACAGUUCUCCCAUGACAACACCACACUUACAGUCAUCAUAGUCGAGGCUCAGAGUCUUGUGAUUCCUGGAGUACCAAAGGAUAUCGAUGUCAACCCUUAUGUCAAAGCCUUCUUGGUACCUGGGAGGACGUUCAAAUACAGAACCAAGACGCUCACUAAGACAACGGAUCCACUGUUUUUGGAAAAGUUUACCAUCAAAGACCUCGUGCCAACGGAAAUCAACGAAGAAUCUGCUCUGGAGUUCCAAGUGUACUCCUCACAUCACGUGUCGCGGCGCCACCUGGUGGGAGUAGGGUCAGUCAAACUGACGGAUGUUGAGAAACUGACCAGUGGUCUGGUUGACUUGACCCUCAUGCCACAAACAGUUUACAGGCUUCACCAAGGGGAUCUGCGGAUAUCCGGUUGUUUUCAGCCAGUUGCGGGCAAGAUUGUCUUCAGUGUCUUGGAAGGACGGAACCUUCCUCGUGUGUCGCUGCUCGGAGCAAUAAACCCGUACGUGAAGGUUGAGAUGUACGUCAACGGAAUCAGAGAGGGGAAACACAAAACUAAAGUCAGACAAAAUACUCAAGACCCGGUAUGGCACCACCAGUGUGUGUUUGAGAUCAACAGGGAAAACCCCAAACUGCUUGGUCACGUGUUCGUUUUCCACGUGCUGCACAAAGAUAUGAUGACCGGUGUGCACAAGAUAGGCCAGGUUGACCUUGGCUGGUACAGUCACGGCGAGCAGCUUGAGCACUGGUAUGAGAUUAUGGAACACCCACAUCGCUCUGCGGACUACUGGCAUCCCAUCAUCAAAACUGGGAAAAUAUGUUCUUGACACUUUUGUUUCCACGACAACCUGCUGACCACGUGAUUGUACCCCCCUGUAAAUGUCAGUAUUUGUAUAGUGUCCACUCGUCACUUGAAACUAAACUUCACCAAAAACCCUGAAUUAUUGAACAUACAAUGUUUAUAUCGUGUUGAUACCGACUUCGCUAAUAUGAGUUCGUGUCAACAACACUCAAGACUGAUGGCUUCUUGUUGAUUCUGGAUUAGUUCAUGUGAAGAUAACAAGCCAUCAGAGAGUCUUCGUAUCGGUACUGCUUAAAAGUUGCAUUUGUAUCCUCUAUGUCUUUUGAUAAAAUACUGUUGCUGUCAUCUAUUCCUUUGUCUCAUUAUUCCCAACAAUUUGGCCUCCGUCUUUAUUGGUAAUACAUACCUGCCGAUUGUACUUCGAAUAUAAUUCUCAUCUUUAUCAGGUUUUAAGUUCAAAUAUGCUUGCACCAAGUAAACAUUUGCCUCGGUCGAAUCCUGUCUCACAAGAAAGUCCUGUUCCAGAGUGAGUGAGUGAGUUGGUUUAACGCCGCUUUUAACAGUAUUCCAGUUAUAUCACGGCGUGUCAGCUUAAUGUGGGAGGAAAGCCCGAAGUGAUGCAGG